AUGGACAUGAUUGGGAUGAUUUAUCCUCCUUCUUCAGAAAAGCACAAAUUCAUUUUAGUAGCUACUGAUUAUUUCACUAAAUGGGUGGAAGCUCAAGCUUAUGAGGAGGUUAAACAAACCCAUGUUAUGAAAUUUAUAAAAGGGAUCAUUUAUAGGUUUGGAAAUCCCCAAACCAUAACAGUGGAUAAUGGAUCUAUAUUUGAAGGAAAGUUGGUUAAAGCUUUUGCUAGCAACCAUGGAAUUUCUUUAAUAUACACCAGCACAUAUUAUGCUCAAUCUAAUGGUCAAGCAAAAUCUACCAACAAGAUCAUCAAGAAAGGAAUCCAAAGAAUGGUGGAUAAAAAUCCAGAAAUAUGGCAUAACUUGUUACUAGAUACUUUAUGGGCAUACAGAAACACAAAAAGAACUAGUACAUGUACUACUCCAUUUGCCUUAACAUAUGGGCAUGAUGCUGUAUUGCCUAUGGAAAUCAUUGUGAGAUCCCAAAGAGUAACAUCUCAAAAUGAUUUAGAAACAAAGGCAUAUCAUUAA